AUGGAGGACAUACGCAGUGUAAACAGUGAAACAAGCGUUCGGCACGUUUUGGCCUGUGAGGGUUAUGGCAGCGGUGAAACCAAAAAUACAUCGUACCAUCCGAACGCGACCACCGGCAAUGGGCCAACGGCCGACGGUUGUUACUUCAAUGCCGUGUUCAACGAUAGCAGUGAAACGUACGCGGACGAGCAGGAUUCCGUGUCAUCCGUCGUAACAACAGGUUCCGAUUCGGGUGCCGUCAACAAUCCAUCAACUACGGUACGGUUGACAGUGCCAUCGUCACCGGCAGUAUCUACCGAUGGAUCGCAACACUUUCGUCGCAGCCACUCGAUGCGAUCGUCCUUUAACUCGUUGCGUAGCUUGCGUACGAAGCUAAAACAUAAAACCGUCGCAUCCGCUACCGGUGGCGGGAACGGUGCACGUACGGCUUACUGCCAUCUACCAACCGUCGGUGACCUGGCAAGAUCUCCACCGGCCAGCAUCACGAAGCGAUCCGGCAGCCGGACCAGUUCCAGCCUGCACUUUACACGAUCCGCCAGCGAUGAUAUGCGGCGUAGCUUACGACACAAGCUGCACAAACUCAAAAUCACCUACAACGAGUUGCGUCGUCUACAGACCAAGGUCCUGCAGGACAAACGCACCGCGGACGACUCGUCCGAGGCAGCGGAAUGUGCUACGCUACCGGAAAACAUUCCUCCGAAAGCUGCCGCCCUGCUUAUGGAAGGAUUUUCCCGAACGAACAGUGUUCAAAGUUCACUGAAAGUUCACCGACGGCCACCAGAACCUAACACCGUCACCCUCCCAACGGAGCGUUCCAGCGUGGUGCACGUGAAAGCAGCAUCCCAUACGUCCUGCCCGGUGGCAAAUGCUACCCAGCGGGUAGAAACUUCGCCGGCAACGGAUCAGCGCACGAACUUAAAAGUGGUUCGAAAGCAACAGAAACAAGAACCAGAACACUCCAGCACCAGCUUGGCAGUAAUCGGCGGGAAAACACCGCUACGGGAGAUGGAAAAGGUGACGGCUGAAGUCGAAAUACCAAACCGACCGGUUGACCAGCAAUCGGCAUCAGCACACGGACAUCCCCAUCAUCAGCAGCAACUUACCGUCGCUAGGACAGCCACCAUACGGAAAGGAUCUGUGUGGGCGAACAAUACAACCAAAAUCAGCCUUCCGGAGCUGGUCACUAGGUCACUCUCAAAUCUAGAGCUGCCAAGUUGUCGCGUGCCCUGUCCCAGCAUUAUACCACGACCGGCUGAAGCAUCAACAUCACCCGGGCACAAAUCGGCCGCCAGUUCCAGCUGUUCGCUCUCCACGAUCGAAACACAAACCGUUACCGCAUCCGUUCAAUCCCUGCCCAUUACAAUCGCCACCACCACCAGUACGGUUUCGUUAACGUACGAAGAUGAGCUAUCCCGAAGCCCGGGACGAAGGAAACCCAAAAACUCUCCGUUCGGUUCCCUGCUGGCUGCGGUCACCUCACCCGUACUGAACCGCAUCUCAAGCGCCAGUUCGCCGAACCUUUCCAGCUGCUCCUCGUCCGCUUCCGGCAGCCGUAUGGAGUAUCUUCUGCCCCACCAGCAGCAUCCACCGGGUGCGGGUGCUGGAUCAGCAGCAUCCCAGCAGUCCGUAAUACUACCAAAGCACCGGCAACAUUCGCCGAAAAUUAUUAAGAAAACGCGCCACCUUUCGACCAGCUCCGUUGAGGAGACGGACGCGGGUGAGCCGAAGAGUGGCAAGAGUCGUCACGCGGCUAGCAAUGCCAAUGCGGAAGCGGAACGGAACGCACGCAAUGCGCAACAUUUGCUGCUGCGAUCGAAUCGGCUCACCGUAAGCGACAAUCAUAAUUUAAGCAACAGUGGUGGAAACAAUGGCACUACAAUCACCACCUACAGUACAACCAACUCGGUCGAUGUUUUGGCAGUACAUAAUGCCAAAAGUGUGUCUCCGUUGCCAUCGUACCAGCAGCAACAGCAGCAGCAGUCGGUAGCGGCACCACCGUCCUACUGGAAGCAAAAGAAGCUUCCGACGAAGAAGCAGCACAAGCAGCUGCAGGCACAACUAGACAAGCUGACCCAAAUUAACAUUCAUCUGCACGCACUGUUCUCCGCCGUGGAGCAUGGCCACCUGGAAAAAGCACGCACCAUCCUGGAAAGCACGGACGUGGACGUUAACAGCCUAAACAGCGACGGUCUCACACCGCUGGACGUCGCCGUGCUCAGCAAUAAUCGUUCGAUGACUAAAAUGUUGCUACAGCAGGGUGCCCUCGAGAAUGCACAUUCUGUGCACGCGGCCAACAGCAACAUGGGACUGCAUCUGAACAAUCUGCUCUGCGAUGCCGAAGCGACCAUACACGAGCUGGGGAACUUUGACGGCAAUCAGCCGGGCAUGACCAGCAACGAACGGACCGGUUCCGGGGCGAAUGCCGGUAAAACUACCUUCUCGAACAUAAUCGGCAGCAGCGGUCCCUCGGUUACCAGCUGUACGGGCAGCGAAAUCGAUAAGCAGGUGGGGCUGUGGGAACGCCGGGUAAAGGGACUCCGGCGGAUGAUACUCGGCUGGGAGCAAACGAAACCGCCCGAUGUACCGAAUCGUAUCGACAUCGACGUGACCGGUUGCAGUGCGGUUAGCUUGCGGUUGUACGAACCGCUGGAAGGUGCCAUAACUACCAAAUUCAAAGUGCAAUGGUCAUCCCGUUCGGAUUUUAGCAACGUUGUGGGUGAACGUGAAAUCAGCGAAUGGUGCAGCUUCCAUGGGUGCAUGGGUGCGGUCUGCAAUCUGAGCGAGUUGAUCCAGGGCCGACGAUACUUCUUCCGUGCGUGUGCCGGCAACGUGAAGGGCUGGGGACCGUACAAACUAUCCGUCCCGAACUGUGUUGUACCGUCGAGUUGGCGUGACGUUGAAGGUCGAGACAAUCGAUUCGCCGGCAAGCAGCGCAAUCUGGACGAGCUGUUUAACGCGGUCCGGCUGGCACGGCCGGACGAUGCAUCCGAGAUCGCGCUGGACGGUGGACAGCAGCAGAAGCGUGCGACGAAAAAGAAAACCACCAUCAAGCAACUGUUUUCGGCAGCGUCCAAAUUUCAGAAGAAUCUCAAACGGGGGAUCUACUUAGCCUGCGUCCUGUACCAUGAGGAUAAGCUAUUGCUCACUAACGAAGACUUCGUUCCGGUAAUUGAGAUUGAUGAAACCUUCACCAGCAAUCUGCACACGGAUUUCUACUGGCUGAUGAAGGUUGCCUGUACAUGGGACGACGUGAAGUUACUACGAAUGGACAUGGAACGGAAUGCAUCGUCGGCAAUACACUUUCGCACAAAACUGUUAUCAGCCGCAUGCCAGAUGCAGUCAGCGCUAUCGAUUACCGACCUGGGACAACUGUUCUACCGCCCCUUACGAGAUGUCCAUGGCACGGUAGUGCUAUCCUGUGUAAACUGUAUUAAGAGUCCUAAAGCGGUAUCGGUGCUCAACUCCCGGUGGAUACCGUUGAAUAAAAUUCACAAAAAGCUCGCCCUUUCGACGGAGGACAGCAGUAUCAACGAAAUUCUAAUGAACUCCAUCCAGGAACAGAUCAACUACCAUCAGGUCUCGAACAUACGCCUUUCGAGAGGCCUGUACGUCGGCUAUCUGAAGAUGCAAAGCUCAGUGGACGUCAUACAGGUAGUGGUACCGGUAAAGGCACCAAAUGUUCUUCCGCACUGUAAAAUUCGUGACAAUCCUCAUAUAUCGGCCGAGGAAUGGGAAUUAAUCAAACAGCACAAACCCUCUAGCAUUUUGGAAUUUCGACCGAAACAUCAAGGCCCUACCGAGGUUCAGCUACACUUUCUCGAAAUGCUCACGAAAGCCGUCCACAAUCUGUUCCAGUACAUGGAUAUACCGGUGGAUGUGGCCGUCGCCCAUCGGUUGUACGACGUGGAAGUGAUCGAGCUGAAUGCGGACGUAAGCUUCUUGAUCAUUUGCCCACCGGCCGAGAGUAGCUGUGCAGUGCCAGGACAGAAGGAAAGUUUGCUGCAACGCGGCGAUCUGUUCUCCAUGCCGAUACAAGCGUUUGAGAUGAUACAUCUGAAAACGUACCAGAGUAACAUUAUACAGAAGUAUUCCCGAUUGUCCUGCAUUCUUGAGCUGGACACGAUGCUUGCGAACCACCUACAUCGAGAGGCAUUCAGUAGCUCGGAGCUGCAGAAGGCCAAAGAUCGAUUGGCGAAGCUGCAAGAGCUGUCGGGUGGGUUGAACACUAUCUGGAAGGGUGUCCGAUGGCUGAUGGACGUGAUCGGAUAUGCACGCGAUCGAGCCAAUAUGCCCGAGCUAAAUAUGAAACAAAUACUGGACUACAAGACUACCUACUUCGGUAAGCUACCCAAAAACGGUGAUAAGAAAAAGGGGGCCAGUGAAAGUCAACUGCUUCAUCCACCUGGCACAGCACCGGGUGCGAACAGCUUUCACAAGAGCAGUCCGGGCAGAGGAUCGUGGCCCGGUCCGGCUGUAGAAAAUACGCUCGGCCACAAUGGUCUGCUCGAUGCGGAACACUCCAAAUCCGAACAAUUGCUGAAGUACAACAGUGCACGGUUUCUGAACGUUAGCCAGGCAGGUUCGCGAAAGAACAGUGCGGACUCGAAUUCGGUCGCGACGCAUAGCAGCUACUAUUCGGUGACGGGUGUAGAGCCGGAAAAGGAGUUUGUAGUGGUGCCUCGAUUGCCUCCAUCACGAUCGGAAGAUACGCUGAACAGUUCUCAUCACCAUGGAGGUGAGGGAAAGCAUGCCAGUUCGGGUGGAACCGUUGGAAUGGGCGCUGGUAGUAAAAAACGACCACCCACCAUCUACUCCAGCUACUCAGCUACAUCCAGUCCUUUACUGAACGUCCGCUCACCUUUUCUUGUGCCGAUGGUACCAACCACUAGUCCAGGAAAUCUAGUAACUAAAGUGUCGCUUCCCGUAGAAGAUAUUGAAAAUUCCAGCAAACAACCGACUACAACUGGUGCAGCACAGCAGGCUUCACUAACCACUGCCGCAGGUGCCGUACCGUUUAAAUUGCUGGCAAAAAAGUCCCGAGAUCAGGCGUUAAAAGCGAUCAACUUUAUUGAACGGGAGCAACAGCAGGAAAUGGAAAUAUUCGAGGAGACUAAACCCAUCCUAACAACAACGUACCUUAAGCCAACGCUUGCAGCUUUGCAAAAUGAAGCGAAAUCCUACCAACAGCAGGAUGCGACAGAACCGCGUGAAGCGACAACGGUUCCAGCGCCUGAACCGCUCACUCCAAACUCCGUGGCUAUCACCGUAGAGCCGACGUUGCCGUCUAGCACCGGCGAAACACCAGAACCAAGCGUAUCGGAACCGACGACAGAGGGGGCGACAGGAGGAACUUCCACCACCGUCUCCAACGCCACCAGCAUCCUUCAAGUGUAUGCAGCCUACGAAACGGGUUUACCGAGUGGUACAUCACUGAAGCUUCGCGUUACACCCAAAACGAGCGCGCGUGAAGUGAUCGAUCUGGUCGUGAAACAGCUGAACAUGGCAGUAGUGCUGAAAGGGCGCGAAGGUCCCAUCUACACACCGGAGCGGUUGGACAACUUUUGUUUGGUGGCCGUGAUAGGCGCACGGGAACGAUGUCUGCGUGACGAUUUCCGACCAUUGCAGCUCCAGAAUCCAUGGCGUAAGGGCCGGCUUUACGUGCGCCAAAAGCAUGAUCUGUUGGCCGCAAUCGAACAUUCCAAUCGGGAUAUGGCGGACAUUUAA